UACAGCGCCCCCCACCGGCCGGGCUCGUUACUGCACAGACCCACAGUUCACGGAGGAGGAGGCGUGUGACGCUCCGCUACCAUCGUCCUUAUCUGACCGAAAACAACCCCAGUGUGUGUUGGUGGUCAGGAAAACAGCAGCCGUGCCCCGCCGCGCCCCCACCCCCAGCGGAGCCGUCAUGUGGCAGGAGGCCCGCAAACAUGAGCGCAAGCUCCGUGGCAUGAUGGUAGACUACAAACGCCGAGGCGAGCGCCGGCGAGAGUACUACGAGAAGAUAAAAAAAGACCCGGCUCAGUUUCUCCAGGUUCAUGGCCGAGCGUACAAGAUUCAUCUGGAUCCUGCUGUGGCGCUGGCUGCAGAGAGCCCCAUAAACAUGAUGCCAUGGCAAGGAGAUGCAAACAACAUGAUUGACAGGUUUGAUGUAAGGGCGCAUCUGGACUACAUCCCCACCUACACUCCUCCACUGCUCAACACGUCCACCCCAGAGCAGGAGAUGGAGGAGAGGAAGUGUAACUAUGAGCGCUACAGAGGCCUAGUGCAGAAUGACUUUGCCAACAUCUCAGAGGAGCAGUGUUUAUACCAGAUCUACCUGGAUGAGCUCUACGGUGGCCUACAGAAACCAAAUGAGGACGAGAAGAAAAAGCUGGCUGAGAAAAAGGCCACCAUUGGGUACACCUAUGAAGACAGCACAGUGACAGAGCCCGAACCCCAGUCAGACAAAGAUGAAGAGAAUUCAGAGAACAGUGAAUCUGAAGAGGAUGAGGGGAUCCCAGAUAUUGAUGUGGAGGUUGAUGUUGAUGAGCUGAACCAGGAGCAAGUGUUGGACCUAAACAAAAUGGCAACCCCAUAUGGAAUGGCUGAAGGAGACUUUGUCAGGAUGUUGAGGAAAGACAAGGAGGAAGUGGAGGCCAUCAAACAUGCGAAGGCCCUGGAGGCUGAAAAGGCCAUGUACUCUGGCCGGCGUUCUCGCAGACAAAGGAGGGAGUUCAGGGAGAAGAGGCUAAAAGGUAGACAGAUCAGCCCACCAAGCUAUGCCAGGAGAGACAGCCCAACGUACGAUCCCUAUAAACGGCCAGAGUCAGAAUCCAGCUCUGAGUCACGGUCGCGUUCUCGGUCUCCUGGUCCAGAGAAGAUCACUUUCAUCACCAGCUUCGGAGGCAGCGAUGAUGAAGCUGCAGCAGCAACUCAAACCGCUCCUCACUCUGGCCACGCCCCCUCCAACUUGCAGCACCCUGCAGGUCAUAGCAGGGGCUCCCGGAGACGAAGGUCAUCCUCCAGUCGCUCCCCUUCCUCCUCCUCCCGUUCCUCAUCUCGGUCCUCCUCUCGCUCAUCUUCCCGUUCGCGUCGAGCCCGGCGAGGGCGGGGGGGGAGGGAUGGGCGUCGCUCCCGAAGCCGCUCGCGGUCGAGACGGCGGUCCCGAUCUCACUCCAGAGGUAGAGGAGGAAAUGGAGGAGCUGGAUCCUGGAGAAGACGUGACUGGACACGAUCACGGUCCAACGAGCGAGACAGAGAGCGAGACAGAGAGCGAGACAGGGACAGAGACAGGGACAGAAGACGAUACUCGGCGCGAAAACGAACAAGGUCCCGUUCCAGCUCACGGCAGGGGGGCAAUUCCAGGCGAGGGGGCCGGAGCAGUGGAGGCCACCGGCGGGGAGACAGCGGCAGCCGCAGCCCCUCUCAGUCCCCCAGCCACCUGAACCACAGUCCCUCCCCUGCUCACAGAGUGGCCCAGCCCUCUACCAUGACUGUCUCUGACAAGCUAAGAAAGCCUGAUACUGCGAGUGGUAAAGAGACGGGAGCUGCCAAACCCAAGAUGACCCCACAGGAACGGCUGAAGCUGCGAAUGCAGAAGGCGCUCAACAAACAGUCCAAGGCGGAUAAAAAAGCUGCUCAGGUGAAGAUCCAACAGCAGGAACACAAACGACAGGAGCGAGAGGGAGAAUUACGAGCCAUGGCACGCAAGAUACGCAUGAAGGAGCGUGAGCGCCGUGAGAAAGAGAGGGAUGAAUGGGAAAGACAGUACGGGCGACAGAGCCACUCGCCUUCUCCCUCCAAAUAUGGCCGAGAACACAACUCAUACAGAAGGUAUGUCAGAAGCCACAAGAAUCUGCACAGCUCUGAUGAAGUAGAAUGAAUUAUGUUUAUUUUUUCUUUUCACAUUAAUGCACAAACACAAUCUGAAAGGCUCAUUGCAUUUAAUUUAUUUACAAUACUUGAGCUACUUUGCUUUUUCUUCACUCAAAUCCAGAGUUAGUCUCAAGUCUUGAGUCUUGAAUUUUGAGAAAGACAUCAUGGGCUACACCCUGAGUGAAGGAAUCAAGUUAGAACAAAAAUAAAAAAAUAAUCCAGGUUCAAAUUAAAAUUUAAAGUAAAUCAAAAUACUCCAAACAUACUACUGCUUUUAAUCUUCUAAAUUAUUACUAGUAAGUGUUUGCCUUUUCUGUAUCACAAUAUCUCACUAGUCUACACCAACACCAUAUAAUGAUAGAGAAGAUUUAUCUGUUGGGCUCUAGUGUUAAGUAAACAAGACUAGGUCAAAACCUUGUAUAUGGCUGGACCGCCUAUAGUCAAUGUGUGAAAUUGUGAACAUAGCUGAAAACUUGUGGAACCACUCGAAGCAAAUGGUGCGCGGUGUAUUUGCAUUCUUCCUAGUAAUUGCCAGUUUCAGCCGUUUAUCUGUUUGCUUCUCUCCAGUUAUAAUGAAGUUUAAUUAAAGGCAUGAUCUCUCAUUCAAGUACUCUCAUCAAGCACUUUAUUAGAAACACCAUACUGAUACUGGACAGGGCCUCCCUUUGCUCUAAAACAGCCUCAGUUCUGUGUAGCAACAUGUUCUCCUGUUCUACCACAUCCUGAAGUUGUUCUGUUGGAGUCAGAUCUGGUGACUGGGGAGAUCACUGAAGUUCACUGAACUAAUUCUCAUGAUCUUGAAACCAGUUUGAGACGACUUUUGAUGUGCGACAUGGUGCAUCGUCGUGCUGGAAGCAGCCAGUAGAAGAUGGUAAACUGUGGCCAUAAAGGGAAGCACAUGGUCAGCAACAAUACUCAGAUUGGCUGUGGCAUUCAAGCUAUGAUUGGUUGGUAUGAAAGGGCAAGAAAACAUUCACCACACCAUUACACCACCAGCAGCAUAUUGCUGUUCAUGCUGUCGGUGCCAAAUUUUGAACCUACCAUCGACAUGCCUUAGCAGAAUUCCAGAUUCAUCAAACUCGGCUACUUUUUUCCAGCCUUAAUCACCCGGUUUCGGUGAGUCUGUGCCCACUGCAGCCUCAGGUUUCUGUUCUUGGCUCACAGGAGUGGAACCUGAUGUGGUCUUCUGCUGUUGUAGCUCAUCCACCUCAAGGUUUGACCUGUUGUUCAUCCUGAGAUGUUUUUCUGCUCGCCGCGGUUGUAAAGAGUGGUUAUCUGAGUUACCGUAGACUUUCUGUAAGCUCCAACCAGUCUGUCCAUUCUCCUCCGACCUCUCUCAUUAAGAAGACGUUUCUAUCGGCAGAACUGCUGCUCUCUGGAUGUUGUUGUGUUUUUCACGCCGUUCUCAGUAAACUAAUAAAAUAGUCAAACCAGCCCGUCACCAACAGCCAAAAUCACUCGGUUUUUUCCCCGUUCUGAUGUUUGACGUGAACUUUAACUGAAACUCCUGAUCUGUACCUGCAUGAUUUUAUGAGUGGUACAGGUACAGGUGUUACUAAUAAAGUGCUUGGUGAUUGUAUAAACAAAAGUGUCACCCUAACUCCAAAAUUUAAAAUGCAAGAUAGGAAAUUGCUAUCACUCCCAAACUGACAUUUUAUAAUUCAGAGUAACACUAGACAACUUAACAACCAGUCUGAGAUAUUUAGUCACUGUUGUUUUUGAUUAUCUUAAAGGUGUAUUUACAUCAGUAGUGUGAAGAAAAAUAAGCAUUUAUUGUCAAAUUAUGAUUAGUUAACUAAACACACUGUAAUACUUUGUUUCCAUUUUCCUUAAUGCUGCUUACAACUACAUCAAUGUUAUUUACAUGAAUUAAAUGUUUGUAUACACCUAAUAAAUACAACGUAGGGUGAUGUGAAUUGUUCCCAAACACACAAUCCUUUACUCUGUGCAUAUGUAUAUGAGCGAUCCUGUAAAUUAUACAGACAUUUGCAUGGACUGUUUUUAUGUUCCUGGCUUUUAUACUGAGGUCCUUCUUGCAGCAUCAGCUCCUUUCUUUUCAUU